UUUAUCAAAUGCCACUUUCGCCGAAAGUUUGUCUCCCUGCUGAGAAAUUCCUCUUUGCUUCUGUACAAUUUCAUCGAAACUUCCUGCCCGGAGGAAGAAGAUCUCAAAUGGGUUCUCAAGUUCUUCAUGAUCUUGAUAUGGGUGUUUGAUUUUCUUGCCUCUGCUCUUCCUCCGUCCUAUAUUCCUCACUCGUUCCUCUCACAUCCUGCAAUUCCUCUAGUUCAGUUUCAGGGUCUUGUCAAAAUGGCUUCUACUUCAUCUUCCAUUGUCGCUUCUAAAACAACCUAUGAUGUGUUCCUUAGUUUUAGAGGUCCUGAUACCCGCAAAAAUAUUACCAGCCAUCUUUAUGCUGGUCUGCUUCGAAAUCAUAUCACAACAUUCAUAGAUGUCAGUCUUGAUAAAGGAGAAGAGAUCUCAGUAAAUCUUCUGAAAACCAUUGAAGAAUCAAAGAUAUCAUUGAUCAUUUUCUCUGAAAAUUAUGCUUCUUCUCGUUGGUGCCUGGAUGAACUCGUUAAGAUAAUGGAGUGUAUGAAAACAAUGGGGCGGAAGGUUUUUUCUGUUUUCUAUGAUGUAGACCCUUCUAAUGUUAGAAAUCAGACAGGGAAUUUUGGAGAUGCAUUUGGAGAAGUUAAAGAACGAUUCAAGGACAGCUUCGACAGGGUGCAGCGGUGGAGCUCUGCUUUGACAGAGGCAGCCAAUCUAUCUGGAUGGGAUUUGAGCAAAUACAGGCAUGAAUCAGAAUUAUGUGAUGCAGUUGUCAAUGAAAUUAAGAAGAAACUGUAUCCUAUGUCCUUCACUGUUUCGUCUCAAUUAGUUGGGAUUGAUUCACAUAUUGCGGAAAUUCUAUCAUUGCUAUGUAUUGAGUCAACAGAUGUUCGUUUUAUUGGAAUUUGGGGAAUGGGUGGUAUAGGAAAGACAACCAUUGCAGAAGCUCUUACUAGUCAAAUAUCUGAUCGAUUUGAUGCUUGCUACUUUUUUAGCAGUGUUAGGGAAAAAUCAUCAAAGCAUGAAUUAGUUCAUCUACAGAAAUCCCUUCUCUCAAAACUUUUAUUGGAUGAGGAUUUGGGCAUACAAAUGCUUCAUGCACUUCCCACUUUUGUUAUAGACAGGCUGAGACGAAAGAAAGUUUUUGUUAUUCUUGAUGAUGUUAAUGAAUCAAUCCAGUUAGAUGCUUUAGCUGGAGAUCAUGAUUGGUUUGGCCCAGGGAGUAGACUGGUUGUUACAAGCAGAGAUAAAGAGGUGCUUAAUUAUAGAUGUGAUAAAAUAUAUGAGGUUAAGGGGCUCAAAUUUAGUGACGCUCUUCAGUUAUUCAGUAUCAAAGCCUUCAAACAAAAGCAUCCCUUAGAGGAUUUUAUGGAGUUGUCAAAAAGAGCAGUAGAUUAUGCAAAAGGUGUUCCAUUAGCUCUUAAAGUCUUGGGUUCCCAUCUGUGCAAGAAGUCUCCAAAAGAAUGUGAGAUUGUAUUGAGAAAACUAAAACAGUAUCCUGAUGGAAACAUUCUAAAAAUCAUGAGAGUGAGCUAUGAUGGACUAGAUCAGAUGGAGAAGGAUAUAUUUCUUGAUAUUGCAUGUUUCUUCAACAGAAAAAGAAAAUGUUGGGUGGAAAACAUACUGGAUGGUUGUGAUUUUCCUUCAAGUUGGGGAUUAAUUCGCUUACAGGAGAAGUGUCUCAUAACUAUUGUAAAUAAUAUGUUAGGGAUGCAUGAUUUAAUACGGGAAAUGGGUCAGUACAUUGCUCGGCAGAGAUGUAGCAGAUUGUGGAACCCUAAGGACAUUUGUCAUAUGUUGGCAACUAACAAGGGGAGGGAAGCAAUUGAAGGCAUAUUUUUGAAUGUGUCUAACAUGGAAAUGAUGCAGUUAAGUCAUGUGGCCUUCUCACAAAUGCAUAACUUAAGAUUGCUCAAACUUUUUAGGCCAAGGAAUUGGCCAGAGAACAAAGCUCUGGGCUCUAUGUUUGAAUCUAGUCAAACAAAUCACCUUUCGCAUCUCUCCAAUAAAUUGAGUUUACUCCAUUGGGAUGAGUACCCUUACAAAUCUUUGCCAUCUAACUUUUCUAUGCAUAAUCUUGUUGAACUUGACAUGGAAGGCAGCAGAAUUGAGCAACUUUGGGAUGGAGACAAGUAUCCUCAAAAAUUAAAACGACUCAAUCUUUCUGAAUCUGUGCACUUGAAGAGACUCCCAAGUCUCUCUCUAGCAACAGAGCUAGAGUGGAUAAUUCUGCAGGGAUGUGAGAGUUUGCUUGAGAUUCCUUCAUCUAUUGAAUGCCUCCAAAAACUCGCUAUUCUCAAUCUGCAUGGUUGCAAGAAGAUAAGGAGUCUUCCAAACCUUACUCAGCUGAGAUCUCUUGUUGAAUUGUGGCUUUCUUAUUGCUCAAAUUUGAAGAUGCUUCCAGAGAUUCCAAUAGGUAUAGAACUGUUGGAUCUGGAAGGAUGUGGAUUGGAGGAGUUGCCCCUAUUCCUGAAGGACCUCAAUAGAUGUCAUUUAGAGAUAAGGAAUUGCAAAAACCUUACAAGUCUCCCAAGAUGUCUUCACAAAUGUGUCUGGAAACUUGAUCUCAGUGGCUGCUCAAAUCUCAAAAAUUUUCCAGAGAUCAUAGGGAAUGUAAAAGAAUUAGUGUUAAGUCAGACUGCAAUAGAGGAAUUGCCCUCAUCAAUCAAAUUUCUUACUUCGCUUGUUGUGUUGAACAUGGAGAAAUGUGAAAGGCUCAAGAGUAUCUCAAGCGGCAUUUGUGAGUUGAAACGCCUUAAAAAGCUUGUUCUUAGUGGGUGCACAAAACUUGUGAAAUUUCCUACUUUAUAUGGUUUGUGCUCUUUACGAGAGCUAUAUCUCCAUGAUACUGCACUUGAAGAAAUUCCUGUCGACAUUUGUGAGUUAAAAUGCAUUGAAAAGCUUGUUCUCUCGGGUUGUGCAAAACUUGAGAAAUUGCCUCCUUUAUACGGUUUGUGCUCUUUAAGGGAGCUAUAUCUUGAUGACACUGCACUUGUCGAACUCCCUACUGACAUUUGUGAGUUAAAAUGCCUUGAAAAACUUGUUCUCAGUGGGUGUGUAAAACUUGAGAAAUUGCCUCCUUUAUACAGUUUGUGCUCUUUAACAAAGCUAUAUCUUGAUGGCACUGCACUUGUUGAAAUCCCUAUUGACAUCUGUGAGUUAAAAUGCCUUGAAGAACUUGUUCUAAGUAGAUGCACAAAACUUGAGAAAUUGCCUCCUCUAUAUGGUUUGUGUUCUUUGAGAAGCCUAUUUCUCAAUGACUCUGCACUUGUAGAAAUCCCCAUUGACAUUUUAUCUUUGUCAUCAUUAAGAACAGUAUGUCUAAAGAAUUGCAAGAGACUCCAAGGUUUGCCGGAGCUUCCAUUCCAACUACAAAAUUUGAAUGCAAUAAAUUGUACAUCACUGGAAACUGCAGUAUCAACCUCGUAUAUUGCACCCAUGGAAGAACACAAAGAUGAGCGCAGAAAUCAUUACAGAUUCAAUUACUGUAAUUGCAUAAAUUUGGAUCAGAAAUCACGUGGCAACAUUUUGGCAGAUGUGCAGCUCAGAAUUGAAGAAAGAGCCAUGGCUAAUACUACUAGGAAUAGAAAAGAAGAUUUCCCUAAUUCUUCUUUUGGUUUACCUGGAAGUGAAAUUCCAGAGUGGUUCACAUAUCAAAACUCUGGAUCUUCAAUAGACGUUCUGCUUCCUCCAUCCUGCUUUAAUUCAAAGUUCUUGGGUCUUGCUUUUUGUGUUGUUCUGCAAUUCAGGGAUACUGUGGUCACCUUAUCGCAUCGUUUAACCUUUACAUGCAAAUGCCAUUUCAGAAACUCUGAAGGUAAAAGAGAGGUUAAUAUAUUUGCUUUUUUAUGGCCUUUAGAGACUGUCCCUGAAUCAGAUCUUUUGUUCCUUUGGGACAAUUGUAAUUCAAGUAGUGAACUAAAUGAUUGGGUCAAAGAAAACUGCUGCAAUGUCAACGAAGCCUCAUUUGAGUUCAAAGUGACAUUGGAUCUUCUCAUGGGUAAAGAAAUUGUUGAAUUAAAGAUGGAAAGGUGUGGAGUUCAACUGUUACAUGCCAAAGAUGAGCCACAACAUGUUGCAGCCAAUCCAGAUUCCCUAGAACAAGUGAUAGAAACCAACAUCAACAACAAGAGAAGCAGGGAAAAUAUCUCCCAAGUUGACCAGAGCAAUAUCAUUACAGCUGGUGCUCCUGUUCAUGAAGAAGAAGAAUCACAUCCUAAAAGAGUAAAGUGAUCAUCCUAAAAAUUAUUGUAAGCCAAUCUCCUUUCUUUAUUUGUUCUUCUAUGAUCUUUUCUCAUGCUUUUAGUAGCUAUUCAUGUUAAUACAU